GUUCGCGGCUCAGUCAGUCGUCGUUCGAGCAUUAGGCAACAUUUAAUUUUAAUUUUAAUAUUUAAGUAGCUCUAAGUGUACAUAACACGAACAAACGAACAACGGAAAGUCAAGCAAGAAUCAAUCAGCAUCAAAAUCAGACAAACGAAACACGAAGAGUUACAAAAAGAAAUUUAACUAAAAAAAGCUACGCAUAUUGAAUGUGCUACUUCGAACAAUUGAAACGAAACGAACCCUUGAAGAAACAAACCGUGCAAAGUGAAUCAUCCCAACAGUAAACCAUAUAGCGGGGAAUCGCGCACAGAAAAAAAUAAGGACAAACGGUCUUUUAAUUUAAUUUCGAAGUAAAAAGCAAACGAAACACUUUUUACUACAAUUUAACUGCGAAACAAACGUUCAACGAAAUACGAAAGCAAGUGCAAGUGUUCUGGUGAACAGUUUUUCGAAUUACGAUUUUAAGUGUACGUGUUCUUUUUUUGUCAUUUAUUCAUUGCGAAAUUCGAAAGCUCUGCAAGCAAAGGGGGAAGUAUUAGUAACUUCCUCUAAUACAUAGUGAGUGUGAAAACCUUCAACCCGCAAUAAAACUAGCAACAGUGUGACAGCAUCCUGUUUAUGUGAUAAGUUCAAGAAAGGAUAUAAUUUUCCAACUACAAACCAUUUUACUUAAAAAGAAUACACCGUGACAAAAAGUGCGAUUCUCUCGACGGGACAGACAGAAAGGAAUAGAAUAAAACAAAAAAAAACGCGUGUGUAGAACUGUGAUAAUAGCACGCAAUUGACCAAAGGUGGGCAGUGUUGGGUGUGAGCUGAAAGAGGGCACAAACACAAAAUAAAAUAAAAAAACCCAACCCAACGGUGCAAAGAACCUAAAGCAAAAAAUCGCAACCGUGCGUGCGUGCGUGCGUGAAGUGUCGUCGUCGGUGGUGUUUAGGUAAAAAUAAUUGAAAUCCGUACCACCCGGGCCCUGCGAUUGCGAGCAAACGUGCAAACGCAUUGGAUCUGUUCUGGUGACCGAUUGUGAAGUGUUAAUAGGUUACUUCCAACCACACCCAGCAUAACCGGUGGACGGAGGUAAAAAAUUGGAUCGAUUUGUCCACGACACAACGCCCCAAAAGUCCAACACCCUCGGCACGACACACUGAGCUCUAUAGAAAAACAACAACAAGGACAAGUCAUCAUCCAUCCUGUUGGAACGGUGCGAAAUUAAAGUUACAAAGCCCACCGGUGCAUAUGAAUCGUGUGCCGAACAUUGAAUUUAUCCACCACUAGAGAGUGAGAGGGACACAAGAAACAAGAGUAAACUCCAGUGCGAGGAAGUUAGUGUUAAAAUUAAAAUUUAAAUGUACUGCCUACGUGAAGAGUCUCAGCAUACGUAUCAGCAGCAAAAGCAGCAGCUACACCAGGACGUUUAUGAUCUGUAAUAAGCAGUGGAUUUAGCAUCAAACCUUAGCGAUGGAGAAAAUUGAACAACCCACGAGCGUCUCGGCUGGUACGGUGGAGACAAUGCUCAAAAAUGCUUCCACUUCGGAACAGGUGGCGAAAAAUGAAGGUAAAGCAGACACAGCGGAGUACUGUGACAACGUGAAAGAAACGAACGUGCGACAAAAGCGUAAGAAAGCGUCAGAAAAGAUCGAUGCGAGCGGUGUUACCGAUGUCAAGCCACCGUUGGAUCAUCGAUCGGUGGGCAAGGAAUCGAUCGUAUCCUCCCACCCCGCCCCAUCUUCGGAAGCGAUGGGAAAUCUUUCCAAAGCAAACGGAAAACGGCUUAAGCUGGAUCUGAAAACCCAUCCGGAACAACAGCACAAGCCGGAACCAACGUCACCGCUAGGGCUGUUGCACGAGGAAAAAGUGAUCGUCCGAAGCAAACCACCGAUUCCACCGAAACCGGAUGUAAGGACGAUCCCGGCACCGUCCCAGGGGCAACAGCGAGUGUCCAUUUCGCCGACCGGCACGCCUCAAGCAAAGGGCUGCAAGAAGCAGCAGGUGACAGAAGCGCACAAUGCCCAUACCGUCCAGAAGCUGCUGGCACAGAACGAACAGAUGAGGCUGGAACUGAGCGAACUCCGAACGAGCUUAGCUGCGGAGCGGAAUGCCGUCAGAGUGUUAAGGGCCCAAAACGAGUCCGAACUGCGAAAGACAAAAUCCGAAUGCAAGAAACUGCAGGAAGCUCUGCAGCACCAGAAACGCCAUUCCCAGGCCCAGUGCCAGAGUGUGUCCGUGGGUGGUGGUACACCGGCCAAGCGGGCACACCGGGGCGGGUCGGGGGAACAUGAACUCACGAGCGGCUGGGGUUCGGAGUCGCGCGGUCAGCAGCAGCAGCAACAUCAGCAGCAAUGUUGUCUGGAAGUUCUGAAGCUGAAUCAGGAGAUUUCUGCCCUGCGGGAAACGAACAGGUUCUUAGAGGAAAAAUAUCAAAUUUCCUCCGAGGCUGAACGGCAGAAAGCUUCCGAUAUACGCGUACAGCGAGAUCUGCACGAACUACGAUUGACUCAACUUUCCAAGUCAGCUAGAAACGAAAUCCAGCGCAUGCUGGAAGAGCUGAAAUCGAAGGAUCGCAGCAUAGCACAGCUCAAGAAGGAGCUCCAGGCUGCGCUCGCUGCCCAGGCAGGAGCCGGUGGUGGUUGUCGCAAGGAGAGAAAGGCUGCUAAAAAUUCCGCUCAGCAAUCGCACGAGGUGAGUGACUUGUGGUGACCGUUUGUCACCGAU